UCUCUUUGUUAUCUGCUAGCUACUUCAUCUUAAAAACCUUUAGCCACAAUUACAUUUUCUAACAUAUUAAAAAUGGAUGAUCCCACCGGAACCAUCAUCUUCACCACCGUUGGAUGCCCGCAUUACGGCUUCGACGUUUUCUCAACUCCCCUUCCCUCUAGUCUCCACGACUUCCCGUCUUCACCUCCUCUAGAACGCCGUCUCACGGACGGCGUUUCCAUUAACUACAACGCGCAAUUCGUCGGGACAAAUAAUAACUCUGAUGACAUAGUUUAUGUAUCCGAAAGAACCGGGUCAUCCCAAAUUUAUUUAGGAAAAGACCUUUUAACAUCUACAAAUACUAGUCUCUUUCACGACCGACCGGUUGUGAAACAUGACCGUGUGUACUUUAUAUCAGCUCGGGAGCCAUCUGGCACGCCAUUUAAAAGCUGGUCCGCACUUUAUACUGAGGAACUAAACGGUUCCAACAAAAUAUGUCGGUUAACACCGUACGGAACUGUUGACUAUAGUCCGUCUAUUUCAGGCGACGGCAAAUUAAUUGCCGUCGCGUCUUAUGGUUCCCGCCCUUGGGGCGGGGAGUUUCACCAUAUGGAAACUGAUAUUGUGGUUUUCCGGAUAUCAGAUCCGGAAAACCGAUGGGUUGUAUGUUCCCAGGGCGGCUGGCCUACGUGGGCUGGCAACGAUAUGAUUUAUUUCCACCGACAAGCUGAAGACGGUUGGUGGAGUAUUUUUCGUAUUGAUUUACCGUCUGAAUUUAAUACCUUGGUUUCUGCUCCUUUACGUGUCACUCCGCCAGGAGUUCACUGUUUUACUCCUGCGGCCAUACAAGGCCGCAGACAAGUGGCGGUGGCUACUCGUCGAAAAGACGACAGCCACCGUCAUAUUGAGAUAUAUGAUCUUGAAUUGGAAAAGUUUUUUCCUAUAACGAAGGUUUUAAACCCUGAUUUUCAUCAUUACAAUCCGUUUGUUUCGCCUGACUCCGGUUUUCUAGGUUAUCACCGGUUUAGAGGUGAACAGGAUUCCGCUGAAACCGGUAUGAGUGAGACAAUAAUCCCCCACUUAAACCCGGUUUCAUCACCGAUAAAGACUCUUAGAAUGCUCCGUUUGAAUGGAGCAUUUCCAUCAUUCUCUCCUGAUGGAGAUCUGGUUGUAUUUAAUCCUGAUUUUGAUUCAAAUUCAGGCAUUGAGAUCAUGAAAUCAGAUGGCUCAAAGAAAUGGAAUCUAUUAGAUGGACGAAUUGCAUUUUGUAAUUCGUGGAGUCCGAUUGAAAAGAAUGUAAUUUUCACAUCAAUCGGACCCAUAUUUGAUUCAGUCAAAGCGACUGUUCAAAUCGCUAGAGUUUCGUUUGAUUUACAUAUGGCCAAUAACCAAGAAUCUGUAGUUAAACCCAAAAUUGAGAUCCUUAGUAAGGAAGAAACUGGCAACAACGCGUUUCCAUCGUGUUCACCCGAUGGAAAAAGUUUAGUGUUCAGGUCGGGCCGGUCAGGACACAAAAACUUAUACAUAAUGGACGCAAUAGAAGGCGAAUUUAAAGGUGAGAUACGACAGAUAACCGACGGGCCAUGGAUUGACACAAUGCCUAGUUGGUCACCAGAUGGGAAGCUAAUUGCCUUCUCUUCAAAUAGACAUAGUCCAGCGAAUGUCAAUGCGUUUAGUAUAUACUUAGUGUGCCCUGAUGGAAGUAAUUUAAGGCGAGUAUAUGUAGCUGGAAGUGAAGGAUCAGAGGAGGUUGAUAAAGAGAGGAUAAAUCAUGUGUGUUUUAGUGGUGAUAGUAAGUGGUUACUGUUUUCCGCCAAUAUAGGAGGUGUGACAGCAGAUCCAGUGUCCGUUCCAAAUCAGUUUCAGCCUUACGGAGAUCUGUAUGUGGCCCGUUUGGAUGGUAGUGACGUGCGAAGGCUAACCUGCAAUGGGUACGAAAAUGGGACCCCCGCGUGGUAUCCCAGAGAUGAAAGUGUGUUGGGGAGCUUGUGUUAUGGUGUGGGGAAUAAGUUAUUGGGACAGUUUGAUGAACCAUUAUGGAUCAAAUGUGAUUUCUAAUGUUUGUAUAUGUGUUUUUGUAAUACUUUUAUUUGAGACUAUGAGUCUCUUUAACAAAUCAUUGGUAAACUCCUGUUUUUGUAUUACUAUUAUUAAAGACCCUUUUUUUUUGCUCCA